CCGAACGGAGGGGAAAGCGACUGGGGGCGGCAGGUAAACAGCGCGCUGGGCUGGGGACUCCUCCUCCCGGAAAGCGAGGCCGCGGGUGCAGCUCAUAGGGGGAUGCUGGAAGUGGAAACUAGAAGACUGUGGAAGUCCGCUAACUUGUGACUUUGAAUGUGGGCUUUUAUGUGAACAUAAGAAUGGCCCUACUUGAUCAGACCAAAGGUCCAUCUAGCCCAGUAUCCUGUCUUCCAACAGUGGCCAGUGCCAGGUGCCCCAGAGGGAAUGAACAGAACAGCUAGUGUGAAGCAAUGGCCAUCCUGUUUGCCGUUGUUGCCAGAGGCACGACCAUCCUUGCCAAACAUGCCUGGUGUGGAGGGAACUUCCUGGAGGUGACGGAGCAGAUCCUGGCAAGGAUACCAUCGGAGAACAACAAACUCACCUACUCACAUGGAAAUUAUCUAUUUCAUUAUAUCUGCCAAGACCGGAUUAUAUACCUAUGUAUCACAGAUGAUAACUUUGAACGUUCCAGAGCCUUCAGUUUCCUGAAUGAAAUCAAAAAGAGAUUUCAAACUACAUAUGGUUCAAGAGCACAGACAGCACUUCCAUAUGCCAUGAACAGCGAAUUCUCCAGUAUCUUGGCUGCACAGCUGAAACACCACUCGGAGAACAAGGGCACUGAUCAGAUGGUGGAGACACAAGCCCAGGUUGAUGAACUUAAAGGAAUCAUGGUCCGAAACAUAGACCUGGUGGCUCAAAGAGGAGAGAAGUUGGAGCUGCUGAUAGACAAAACUGAGAAUCUAGUGGAUUCAUCUGUCACAUUCAAAACUACCAGCAGGAACCUGGCCAGAGCCAUGUGUAUGAAGAACCUCAAGCUUACCAUCAUCAUCACAGUAGUAUCGAUUGUGGUCAUCUACAUCAUUGUGUCGGCUGCCUGCGGGGGGCUUACGUGGCCCAGCUGUGUGCAGAAGUAAACAGAUGGCCUGUGCUGAUCAGCCAAGGAUGAGAGCACAUGAGCGUGUGCGAAGGAGCAACCCACAAAAUAACUUGUCUUUCACUACUGACACAUCAUUCUUCCAUCCUUCCAGGACUUCAUACUUCUCUUUGCCUUAUCACCCCCAGUGGCCCCAAGUCACUGCCUCAGUGCAGUUUCAGCCUCAACGAAGAGCUGUUUUAAAACUACUUGAAGGGAUUUUGUUUUUGUUCUUUUGUCUUAACUGCAGUUUCUCAGCUGAGCAGGCAGUGAGGCUGGCUCCAGAGGGUAUGUGCAUGCUUCUCUGUGUGUGUAUGUACAGCUUUGCACUUUAAUGGAAGCGUGCUAAGCAGAGAACAGCAUUGCUAGUGCCUCCAUCUCUGCAUGAGGAGUGGGGCUGGAGAGCUCAAGGUGGGUCAAUGAAGGUAGGCAGAGUGAUGAAAAUCCAUUUUGCUGCCACUAUAUUGGGAUCUAAUUAACAUCUCCUCCCUACAUAUUUGGUCCACAAAGUGAUGCAUUAUGUAGGGUUAAAUGCUUGCUUGUUCAGGGGCCACUAAUGCAAACAUGGGUUGAGGUCACAAAUAGAAUGGCACAGUAGAUGUUAAGAUCCCUCAAAGGCAUAGGCCCCUCCUGGAGACACACUCCCUCUUCAAUAUGGAACCCUUUUUUCCUUUGGGGAAUCUCUUUGGACAGCUGUACAGAUGGGUGGGGAUUGAGUGGGCAUGUUGAAAUGACUCCUCUUUCACCCCGUCUUCUGCUCAGCUCCCCUACUUUGUGACUAAGUUGAUAGAGUAAAGAUGAUGAUUGUGAUAAACUUGGCUGCUGUUUGUCAUUGUAUUUUAAGUAUCGCUUCUGUCCUGUAUGUUUAAUCGUCCCCCACUCAAAAUAAACUUACAGCACGUGCUUAUUACUCAAGAUGGAGGAGAUGGAAUUGGGGUGAAGCCUCUUUUCUAGUUUUCAAAGAGGAUAUGUGUUCUGAGUUCUAUGAGGUGCCAUGUACUUGCAUUUCCAUCCUGGUCAGAUCCUUCCACGUUAAAGAAACAAACCACUGAAAACAGGUAACUGAUGGUUCCUUCCCAGUUCUCAGUCUCACCUUGUGCUGGUCUGAAGGGAAACUCUUAUCCAGAUAUGUAUUCUAGAUUCUUAUCUGUGGUACUAAACACCAACAUUAACAACCAAAGGCAGGGGUCCUUGACAAAUAUACUGCUAUGAGAACCUCACAGGGCCAAAAAUAGCGCCAUAGAACCUUGUCCAGUGUCUGAUGAUAGCUUUGAUUAUAAACCUUUUGUCCUAUCUGGACAUCCUUAUCUAAGGGUAGCCCUGUAUAAUUCAUCAAUAGCGAAAUGGGGGUGGCACUGUCCAGUUAUAUACAGUGCAGAUUUGUAAAAUAGUGGCUUGAGGUCUGACCUAGGCAGUGUGUAAAAGGCUUGCUCACUCUUUAUUGGUAAACUGUUCAAUAUUUCUUUUGAAAGAGCUCUGUUUCCUGUGGAGGGGAUGGAGACAAAAGCAAAUCCUCUGAUAAAUGAGAAAUAUGAGGUGGCUUAACACAAAUAUCAAACUCCUGGGUCCUAGAGUUUCCCACUGCUCAGUCACUGAGAAACUAACUCACACCUCCACCUUCUUAAUAGUAGAUGUGUGGGAAGAAGGGAGAGAGGCUUAAUCCUAGUGGUUAUUGCCGUGCCCUUAAUCAGAUGUGAUGUACAGAACAUCUUUUGCACUCUGGCCUUGAGGAGUUUAUCCCUGAGGCCAUUUAGUACUGGGUCCCCGUGAAACGGCACUGAAAACCAAAUUGCCACCCCAUCACAUCCUUUGUACUGCUGCAUGUUACACACGGAUCUCUCAGUGGGUUCCAUUCUGUAACAGUGCUCUAAAUUAACAUCCAUGCAUCCUCAGUAGGCCAAAAUCUGACCCAUGGUAGUUGGAAAUUGGUAAGUAGUGUCUUCCUGCCAUGCAAAUAAACACGUUUGUGACCCUGUUCAGUCCAACUGGAGAUACAAAUGAACUUAUCACUAAGAAUAGAAGCAGUGCUGAGUUUAUUGGAAACCCUCAAUCGGUGAAAUACUCAUGGCUCAUCUGGGAAGUGCAGGAGAUAGGUCAUCUCCUUCAAGCAUGCACUACCGCCCACAAUCAAUGUGCAACUGUGCAUGUUUUAAGGAUUGAUAAUGUUACUGUUAAUUUGUCUGUUUAUGUACAAACACUUUUAUAUAAAAUGAUUUCCUUGUUUUAAAGAAUGCAGUGAGGCAUUACUGUAAAACAAAAUUAACCUGUUCGAAUAAAUUUAUUGUAUGUCAAA